AACACACCAACAAAUCCUAUGCUGCCUCCUCCUCCUCUUCCUCCUCCUCCAUCAUCCUCAUCCUCAUCAUCAUCAUCGUCAUCAUCAUUUCGCUGCUGCAGCACUGCUUCAAAACCCAGCGCAGACGCUCCACGUUGAAGUUUGUGUUCUGAAACUGUGGAUUCUGCUUCUUUUUUUCCACCUUGUGGCAUCUUUUUCGAUAUUGACGCCGGACGCAGUUGCCCUCACUUGACUUUCCGCACUCGUUCAAGACACACAAAAGACGUUUGCAAUCUCCAGGACCAAGGUGUCAACAGAGAGCAGCGCGUGAGCACUGGACGACAGGACAGCAGGUGCACAUCAGGAGCUCCAUCCAUUUCCAACAUUUUCUCCAACUUCAGCCACCAGACGAACAUUAGCAUGAUGUCGUAUCUAAAGCAACCACCUUACACAGUCAAUGGGCUCAGCUUAACCACUUCCGGAAUGGACCUCUUGCAUCCAUCCGUGGGCUAUCCAGCGACGCCAAGGAAGCAGAGAAGAGAGAGGACUACUUUUACGCGCGCGCAGCUCGACGUCUUGGAGGCGUUGUUCGCUAAAACGAGGUAUCCGGACAUAUUCAUGCGCGAAGAAGUGGCUCUCAAAAUCAAUCUACCUGAGUCGCGUGUACAGGUGUGGUUCAAGAACCGGCGAGCCAAGUGUCGCCAGCAGCAACAGCAGCAGCAGAACGGGGGGCAGAACAAGGCGCGGCCGACCAAGAAGAAAAGCUCCCCGAGCCGAGAAGUGAGCUCCGAGAGCGGCGCCAGCGGCCAGUUCACUCCCCCCAGCAGCACCGCCACGGCCAUCCCGGCCAUCUCCAGCAGCACGGCGCCGGUGUCCAUCUGGAGCCCGGCCUCCAUUUCCCCGCUCUCGGACCCGCUGUCGACGUCGUCGUCGUGCAUGCAGAGAUCGUACCCCAUGACGUACACGCAGGCCUCGGGCUACGGCCAGGGCUACGCCGGCUCCACGUCCUACUUCGGCGGCAUGGACUGCGGCUCUUACCUCACCCCCAUGCAUCACCAGCUGUCCGGCCCCGGCUCGACCCUGAGCCCGAUGAGCACAAAUGCGGUGGCGGGCCACCUCAACCAGUCCCCGGCGUCGCUGUCCACGCAAGGCUACGGCACGUCCGGUCUGGGCUUCAACUCCACGGCGGACUGCCUGGAUUAUAAGGACCAAGCGGCGUCGUGGAAGCUGAACUUCAAUGCCGAUUGCUUGGAUUAUAAGGAUCAGACCUCCUCGUGGAAAUUCCAGGUCCUGUGAACACUCCGUCACGGACACUGUGCGGGCCCUUGUUAAAACGGCUCUCUGGGAGGGGGGCCGCCUCCAACAUUUUGGACGUAUAACCCUCUCUUAGAGGAGAGGUCUAAUUUAUUUUAGCACUGGCAAAGAGAUUUUCUUUACUUCUACCCCUUCACCUGUAGCCCCCAAUGUCCCUCAUCCAUGUCUAUCAGUGCGCCCUCCACUCGUGCACCUGUUGAGGACAAGUUCACCACAUUUACACACGCAAGGCCACGGAACGAGAACCCCGGACUCAGAACCUACUUCUUUGUUCCGAUGAGGAUGCUGCGUGGACAUGGAUGCACUACUUUAUUUAAGAAAAAAAAGUGUUUAUAAAGAAUCAAUACGUAGUUUCUAAGAGACAAUCAAUGUGUGUCUUAUAUAAAUGGUACAUGUGUUUUUUUUAUUUUUAUUAUUUUUAUUUUUAUCUGUGCUAUAGCCUUCGAAACUGUGAUCUGUUGUAUUGUAUGCAAUUUGUGAGCCCCUCCUCGCAUCACACUCUCUUCGAACCUCUUUUAUUUUUUCUGGAGGGAGAGCGCAGAAGCUAAUGAUUAAAUGAGACUUUCCGAGUGGUAGUAAUAUUAUGAAAGGUUGGACACACAUUGUCACGCGGACACACAUUGUCACGCACCCACACACGCACGCAAAGGCUCCUCUCCACUGGAUAUCAACACGAUUCUGGGUCCGGUACCGGCUCCAAAGAUGCUGAGGCCUCCCCGCCGAAAAGACGUGAAAAAGAAGAAUAAAAAGCAGACGGUCCCUUGA